ACCCUUGGUUCAAUGGGAGCAUCUUCAUCGAGAUCCCCUACUUAAUGAUCAUUUGCUAAAGUCAACCAGCAUGGUUCUCAAUGAAGACUCUGACAUCUCGACCAAACGGGCACCUUGAUAGCCAUGGUCGGAUUCCCCACAUCCCGGCGCCGGUUAUCGGGCGGAACUCGCACGACGUCACAAAGUGGGGGUUCGGGUUGUCUCAACCAGCUGAACGCGAUAUGUUUUUAAGCAGUUUGAACCCUCCUUUAAACCCUCGGGUAAACUGUGUGUAUCGGAGCGCUACCAAAAAUGACCGGAGUGAAGCUGCAGCCAACAAGAUUUGUGAGAUCGGUUCUCAAAUCCUUCAUGGCCGAGUCUGGUCUGGAGCCGAGACUGUUCGGACCCCAUGUGAGUCGCAGUCCCCUGAUCGUCCGAAGCCUGAAAUUGCUGACCAGGGAGGUGAAGCUACGUGUUGUGAAUGCAUCGAAAGGCAGAGUUGAUCUUGAGCUGGACAUAACGAAAGACCACACAAACCGCCUCAAGAUCAUCCAUGGAGGCACAAUUGCCAGUCUGGUCGACCUGGGUGGCUCCCUAGCCGUCGCCUCGCAAGGUCUGUAUGCUACUGGCGUUUCCACAGACCUAAACGUCACCUACCUCAAAUCGGGGGGCAAAGUGGGAGAUAAGCUUCAAGCGGUUGCGGAGUGCGAAAAGAUUGGCCCAACCCUGGCCUUCACCAAGGUUACCUUUACGAACCCCCUGGGAGAACUGGUAGCCAGGGGCAGCCAUACCAAAUAUGUCAAGGCAGCAUGGAAAGGAAGCCACCCAUAUACUCCUCCCGAGGGGGCCGAGAUUGCGGAUGAAGUUGACUGAUCCGUGCGUUCCCGAAUGUAUAUAACUCGAAUGAACAUGAAACUGGGCGGAGUAGAACGGUCGUUGCAUGUGUUAACGUGAUACCCCUGAAUUGAGAUUGUAUCAUCGUUUGUUUGCCACGAGGCGGAGUCAGAGUGCUAUCUAUCAGGUACCGGCCGUGAUUUUUUUCAUGCCCCGUAUUGGGCCUCCCUGACAGCGCAAACCGAUGGUGGCACUUUGGCACCUCGUGACCAUCGCGGUCUGUGUCUCGUGGCAGGCAACGAAACGGGAGCUUGGUGUUUGCUCGUCGUCAUCUACCAUGCUCGCCAUCCUCCAGUGUAAAGAGUCUUCCUCUUUCCUUCAUUUUUCUCAUUUCCUUGAACCUUGCCGUACCCAAACUGCAACCGAAAUCUCCGCAAACAUCUCUCAGUUACAUCCCCAGGCGCAGUUAACAUGAAGUUUUGCUUCUCUGCCUUCGCCCUCGUGGCUUCUGCCUUCGCCCUCACACCUCCUGUCAAACCCUACUUCCGGCAGCCUUCCUCUGCUAUAGUCUUGCCGGCCCUCAACUUGACUGGCAACAUCUCCCCAUUCACGGGCAAUAACGCUAGCUUCACCGCCCCUUGGUAUACUCUCAACCAAGCUGGCCAUUCUGUCCGGAUAACCGGCGGCAGCCUUAUCUCUUUGGCGGAAGCGAACAUCACCAUGCCCUUCCUCUCAGCUACCAACUAUACGCAGUGGAUCGAGUUCACAGUCACCAGCGACGGCAUCGUCGAAUGUCCUCACUCCACCUUCCGCGUUGGUGUUGCUAUCACCCAAAAUCUCACCUCGAACACUGCCCCCCAAUACUACACCUUCUACACCACGUAGAUUGGAGGUCAAUUGUACACCCGGAGUUCGAGGUUCUCUCCGGUGACGAAAUUGGUGUCCAGAUCAUUGCCAAGUCGAGCAAGUCGGGUAGGGUCGAAUUCUACAACGGGAGGACCAAGGCCUUCUGGAAUCAAGACGUCAACGAUAUCUUAUACCUGCGCUGUGCUUGAAGGGUGCGAACUGGGCGGCUGCCCGCUCUCUGCUUCUAUGGUAUCCCCCAUAAAUCUAUGUUCAGUGGAAUGGGAUGAAGUGGGGAACGGCUGAAAAUAGCAUCUAUGAAGCUGACAAAGGGCCAGGAAAACAGCAUACCAUGCACAUGGUGAAUAGUACGGCCAAUUGGGACAUAUUGGUGUGGAGUGCCUGGAACAACAUGACAAACGGGUUGGAUUGUAAGAUCAUGGACCGAGAGUGGAGACAUAAAUUCGACAAGCCUCCUCAAUAACACGCCUCUAGCUGUCUUCGGCAUAUAGUCAACAAUUGAUCAAGGGGUGUUUCUGCAUUGCUAACCCCAUAUUUGUAUGGAAAAAUUGUCUUCUCGCUGUUCACCGAUUGUUGCGCGCAUCUCUCGCACUGCCUUUGACCUGUAAAUGGGACAAAUCAAUUGAAGCCCGUUUGUGAAGCUGUGAUGGAUUUAGUGGGUGGUAGUGGUGGAAGUGAUGGUGCAUAGCAGUUCAGGGGC